CCGCACAAGGCAGCCUGCUGAUGCAGCGACCCAUGAACUGCCUGGUGGAUGCUUCGCAGAAGCAUCGCGAGUUCCAGGUGUUCCUCUUCCAGCAGAUCAUCAUCUUUGCCGAUAUUGAGAAAGCCAAGAAUCAGUUCUCCAGCCCCACAUUUGAAUACCGAUCGCACAUACAGCUCAAUCACAUGCAAAUGAAGGAACUGGGCGACUGCCGCUUUCAAAUCAAGUCGACAGACCCCAAGAUCCCAGAGAUGACGAUCAUCUGCCAGGCGGCGUCGCCGGAGAACUACGCGGGAUGGCGUGACAUGCUGAACAAGAUCCUGCAACAACAGAACGACCUUAUCUUUAUGCUCUCCAAUCCCCUGUCAACCAAAAACAAGUGAACGUCUUCUGAGAAAGAAUUCCAA